CGCGGGCUGUGACUCAAGUGGCUCAAUUCGUGAGCUGUAAGGCUGAUGGCGCGCCCUUAGAGGGUGUGGAUGCCUCUUUCUCUAGUACACACCAGUAUCACGUUUCGUGCAUGCAAACUUGACGCUUAUAAAACCUUUCGUCACCUCUCUCACUUCAACUUUCCCUCUCACAUAACUCACCUCCAUCAUCUCUAGCUAUAUUCAGCAUAGACCUCAACUAUCCUUCUCUGCAAGGAGAGACCUCCGUUCUCAGCAACAACAAGACUUGUGUCCGGAGAUUUCUUGCUCUCUGUGGACUUGUCAUACACUCUUUACAGCAUUCUUCGACGUACGUUAGCAUGAUAGGACCAUUUGCGUUCCUGCAGACCAUCUCCCACGCCCGAAGCAUGGAGACCCUCAACACAACUGGCGAGGCCGCUGGUCUCCCAAAUGCGCCCCCUUCACAGUUUGCCAUCUUGGACUUUCUAUUCCCUGGCUUUUCCACCUUUUCAAGUAUCGUCCAUGCUUAUCUCGGUAUCGACCUUAACCUCUACAUCCCCCUCCUCCUGGUUAUCUCCGGUAUCAUGUUUGCCUGGAACUAUAUCACUGAGUAUUCGUGGAGCAUCAUCGGCCAGCAUCUUAUGUCUGCUGUACGUAUCCGUACCGAUGAUGAGAUCUACAACAUAGUGAUGGCCUGGGUGGCAAACCAACGAUUCGCCCAAGGUUCUCGACGUUUCAUGGUCAACACAAACAUCAACUCUAGGAGUUGGUUCUUGUUUCGAUGGGAUGACGACGACAAUGAAGAGGAAGACUCUGGCUCAACCAAGAAGCCCCUCCAGUAUACCCCUUCGGUCGGUUCUCACUUUUUCUGGUACAAGGGCCAUGUCCUUCUCUUCGAGCGCCAUGAGAACCGGGAGCGCUCUGGGUUUCUCACCUCGAGCGAGCGAGAGGAGCUGUCCAUCUCUUGCUUCGGCCGCAACCCCCGUAUCAUCAAGGAGCUCCUUGUCGACGCUCGUGAACAGUAUUUGAAGAAAGACGAGAAGAAGACCAUCAUUUACCGUGGUUCCCUUGGCCAAAAUGGUGGCGAUCCUACAUGGCAACGAUGCAUGAGUCGAGCCAGUCGCCCCAUUUCCACGGUUAUCCUCAACGAAAAGGUCAAGCAAGACGUGAUUGCAGACGUGACCGACUACCUCGACCCCAACACCCGUCGCUGGUACUCCAACCGCGGUAUCCCUUACCGCCGUGGUUACCUUCUUUACGGCCCACCUGGAACCGGAAAGAGUUCGCUUAGUCUGGCCCUGGCUGGGUUCUUUCGCAUGCGAAUCUAUAUGGUCAGUCUAAGCUCUACCAUGGCCAGUGAGGAGAACCUGGCAACCCUCUUUGCCGAGCUCCCUCGCCGUUGUGUGGUACUUCUGGAGGAUAUUGACACUGCUGGUCUCACUCACACUCGUGAGGAUACAAAGGGUGAAAACACAGAGGAGGCAGUUGUCCCCGUCACCACCGCACCCGCCAAGCCUGGUCUCCCCCCUACUACAGCACCUGCGCUCCCCGGUCGACUUUCACUAUCUGGACUUCUCAAUAUUCUCGAUGGUGUUGCCUCUCAAGAAGGACGCGUCCUUAUCAUGACCACCAAUCAUCUUGAGAAGCUGGACAAGGCUCUUAUCCGCCCUGGCCGUGUCGAUAUGAUUGUCGAAUUCGGUCGUGCCGACGCUGAUAUGAGUGCCUCUAUCUUCCGUGCCAUCUACGCCCCUUAUGAGGGAGAGGGCGCGCCUGGAAAGGAUGUGGAAAUCCUGGAACCCGAGGAGGCUCAGAAGCAGGCUGCAUUGACUGAGAAGACCCGUCAGGAGACCAUGGAGCGAGUUAAUGUUCUUGCUGAUAAGUUCGCUACCAAGAUGCCCGAGCUCGAAUUCAGCCCUGCCGAAAUCCAAGGAUUGCUUCUGAAGCACAAGCGCAACCCUGAGGCCGCCAUUGACGCUGUUGAUGAGUGGGUGGUUGAAACUCGCAAGGAGAAGAAGCAAAAGGAAAUUGAGGAUGCAGAGAAGCGACGCAAGGAGGAGCAGGAGGCCCGCAAGGCGGAAGCUAAGAAGAAGCGUAAGGAGGAACGAGCAAAGGCGAAGAAGGCCAAGGCCAAGGCCAAGCGAAAGAGCAACGGCGAGAGCUCUGGUUCCGACUCUUCUGAUUCUGAUACCGAAUCCGAGACUGAAAACCGCACCAACGAGAAGAAGGAUGAAAAGAAGGACGACAAGAAGGACACGGAGAAAUCUGAAGACAAGCCCAAGGAAGCUGAGGAAGAGAAGAAACUGGAGGUUCCAGAUGAGGAAGCAAGUAAGUCCAAGGGAACUUCUGAUUCCGGAUACGAUACCCCCAAUACUGCUUCGUAAUCAUUUGCAUAAAUGGGAGAGUCUGAUAGAGAAUGCAUACAGCGGCGUUGGAUGGAAGUUUUCUGUAUCUGUCAACUUAAGAGAUUGAUCAUCUUCAAUAGCGUCAGCGUCACUUUUUUAAAAUACACUUAAUAGUCAUACUGCAGUUUGUCAAGUCUUUCCUUUUUCACAGUGACUCGUAUAUCACAAAAGUUUGCACAAUGAUAGUCCAUCCUGUGAGCUAUGCAACUUUCAUCAAAUCUUAGUCAACGACUUUUGCGGAGAGUUCCGUGUACUUCAAUCUGUCUCCGUUAUCACCUCCAUAUGAAGGAAACAUCAGCUGAGCGAACACGAGAGCGACAGGCAUUCUCACCCCG